CACAGUCGCGUCCGGCCUCUGCCGACUCCUCCUCAGCUACUCGCAGGACCUCGUCAUCGACCUUGGGUUUGUGCUGGAAGGUGCAACGAUGGAAGAGCUGCCCGAGCGCCUCCUCGCGUGCGUCCGCCUGCGCAACCUCGACUUGCCACUCAUCGCUGUGCCGUACCCGUACUAA